AUGCGCGAGCCCCUACUUUCCCCAGGGCGUGCAGGGCCCGCCCUCUGGUUUCUAAGGCAACGACUAAAAACAUAUCUUGCAGGUGGUUGCGGCGCGAGGUGCAACCGGCCUGGACAACUGAAAGCAGUAGAACCUGCAGAGAAGUGUGUCCGAGGUCAAAAAGCAGGUCGAGUCUUGAAUACUAGGCUAAUGUCUCCCAAACCUAUAUUCUUUCUGCUACUCCAACAUUGCUUCCUUCUCAGUGAAACAUAUCGUGAAAUAAAAAUUAAUAAAGAAAUGGAUUCUUUAAAACCAGAAGGAGAAAAAUUACCUUUUGUGGAUAUAUUUGAUGAGGAUGAAGCUGAGAAAAACUUUAUGUUGUCCAAACCUCUCUGCAUCAUUAUAUUUGGAAAACCAGGCGUUGGAAAGACAACAUUAGCCCAAAAACUAUCACAGACAUGGAAAUGUACUCUUGUUGAAGCACUACCACUUUUGGAAGAACAUAUUGCUAGUGGAAGUGAACUUGGAGCUAUGUUGAGUGAUUUGCUCAUUAAAGGACAAAGUAUUCCAGAUGAACUUGUUUUAAGGAUUUUAUUGGAGAAGCUCCACUCUCUGGAAGUAAUUCACUUUGGUUAUGUUCUCAGUGGGCUGCCAUCUCUCUCAGAGGAUGCAGUGACUAUUUUAGAACAGAUAGAAUUAAUUAAAAACCUAAGCUUACAACCAGAUAUCAUCAUUAAUAUUAAGUGCCCAGAUUAUGACUUAGGUCAAAGACUUUCUGGACAAAGACAACACAGUCUCACAGGAUUCGUAUAUAUGAGAGAACAGUGGGAUCCUGAAGUUAUUGAGAAUCUUAGAAAGAAGAAGAAAGAUAUCCACAAAGAUAGAGAAGGAAAAGGAGAAGAGGAGGAAGAGGAAGCAGAAGAGGAAGAAGAAGAGAUAUUCAUUGCAGAGAUGCAAAUGGUAGCAGAAAUUUUUCGUCAUUUAGUUCGGAGACCUGAAGAUUUUCCAGAAAAUAUUGAAGCAAGUAUUCAUCAGUAUAGAGAUGAAAUGCUACAUUUUCUAGAGGACAUGAUGGCUGAUCAUGAUUCUCAAUUCCUUAUAGAACUAGAUGGAAAUAAGUCUGCAGAAGAACUCCAUGAGUCAGUAAUAAAAAGAUUUGAUUGCCUUGGACUGAGAAGGGCAGCAGUUAUAACUAAACUUCAAAGUUCUGACGAAGAACUAACAGACAACAUAGAAAACGAUGAAUUAUUCCGGAUUCUUUCAUCUUAUAAAAUGAUUGCACCUAGAUAUAGAUGGCACAGAAGCAGAUGGGGGAGAGCUUGUCCAGUUGCCUUAAAAGAAGGCAACAUUGUAAUGGGAUUGUCAGAUUUGAGUGUCAGUUUUCUAGGUAAAAUGUACUGUCUUUCUUCUGAAGAGGCAUUCAGUGCAUUUUUGAGGAACCCACGUCCCUACCUUCUUCCACCUAUGCCACUCCCACCAUGUAAAGUUUUUUUAUAUGGACCAAAAUCCUCAGGAAAAACAACUCUAUGUCAUUUAAUUGCAAAUAAAUAUAAAGGACAGGUUUUAGACUAUAACAAAAUUAUGGAACCACAUAUUGAAGAAGCGAAAAAAAUAUACCUAAACAAAGCUAAAAUUGAGGCAACAGAAACAGCUAUUAAAUCUGUGAUAGACAAGCUGCAAGUAGAAAGAAUGAUUAAGAAAAAUCAGUUAAAGGAUGUAAAAGAAGACACUGAGAUAUCUGAUGACUCAAAACUAGAAGAAAAAGACUCAUUCAAAAAAGCUGGGGAGGAAGAAUCCCCUGAUGAAAAAAGUUCAGAAGAUAAAACCUCAGAAGAAAAAAACAUAGAUGAGCAAAAAGCAGAACAAAAGCAAGAUGAAAGCAGUGAAAGAGAGGUUACUUCAUCUGGUAGUUUCAAAGAAGCACGUGAAUUUGUGGAUGACAGUGGCUUCAAAACAGAACCGGAAAGAGCAGCAGUUCAAGAUAUUAAAGAUGAAGCGGAAUCUUCAGACAUAGUGGUAACUGAAGACCAUCCAGAUGUCCAGGAAAUGGUUGAAGAAGCCUUGCUGCUUGCCAAUGAAGUUUCAAUUGAACUUCAUUAUGACCAACAAGCUGAUAUUUUGGACCAACUCUAUAAAAAUCUUGCUGAGGAAAACCAAAAUCGAUUUCCUGGUGCACCAAAGUAUGGAGGUUGGGUGAUGGAUAAUACUCCUGUGAGCCGAGAGUUCUGGAUAGCCAUAAACAAUAAAGGAAUUCUUCCUGAUACCAUCGUUGUAUUAGGAGAUUUAGAAAAUCAAGGAAAUUUUCUACUUAAUAGGCUGUUUCUAGAGAAUAAAGAGGAUAUUAUUGCUAAAAUAAUAGAAAGGAAAAAAAAAGAAGCAGAUGAUGUUAAUUUACUUCAACGAUCUGAAAGAAGAUCAGAUGAACCAACAGUUACAUUUGAAGAUGAUAAUAGGAAAAAAGAUAGUGAGAAAACUGAAGGAUUUAUACCUGAAGAGCCUGAGCCUGAGCCUGAGCCCGAGCCCGAGAUCGAGCCAGAGCACGAACAGGAGCCCGAGCACGAGGUGACCGAAAUGGAAGCUGAACCAACUGAGUCACCCGAGCUGACCCUGGAAUCAGAGCAACCAGGAAUGGAAGGGGAGGAAUCUGAAAUGACAGCAGAACAUGAGGUUGAAGCUGAAGCUGAUUUAGCUGCUGCUGCUGCUUUAAAAGAAUCCUUGACAGUACAAGAAGAGAUUGAUCCAUUAAAAGGAAUAUUGCCUGAAUAUCCAGAAGAUGGUUACCCUGAAGUCCCAGAAAUGGAGCCAUUUAAAGAAGAAGUUAAAGGUUUCAUAAAUAUUUGGAAAGUCUUAGAGUUAUUGGUUGUUGAGUCACCUUUGGUUCAGAUCUUAAAUUUAGAGAUUGGAGGAAAAACUCCAGAGGAACUACUUCAGCAAGUGGUUGACACUAUGGAGAGACCUUUCAAAUAUAUUGGAUGGGAAAUGAGUUUAGAAGAUUUUGAUGAAGAAACAGACGACUUUCAAGCAGAGACAGAAGCUGAGGAAGAGUUAGAAGAAACUGAAGAAGAAGAAAAUGAAGAUUAUGAUGAAGACAGACUUAAAGAGAAAAGAAGACAUUUGGGAGAUACAAAGAACUUUUGUCCAGUGGCUCUCAAAGAAAACUUUAUGCUAUUCCCAGGUCCCCCAGAGGAUGGAGCUAAAUAUCGAGAAAAGGUUUACUAUUUUUCAAACCUUGACGCAAGAGAGAAGUUUCUGGAGAAAUCUGAAGUCUUUGUGGCUCAUGAAGAACCAUUAAAAGCUCCUCCACUAAGAAUAUGCCUUUUAGGUCCCCAUGGAUCUGGCAAGACUGUUUGUGGUCGAUGGUUAGCUGAAAAAUUUGGCAUAUUCCAUAUUCAAUUUGAAGAAUUUCUCCAGGAAAAAAUCAUGAUGAAGACUGAGAGGAGAGUUGGACCUGAAUAUGAUGAAGAAAUUGAAGAAGCAGCAGCUGAAAAACAAGAACUGGAAGAAAUUGCAACUCAGGCUAAUAUCGUACUUGACAAUGAAAAAAACAAACUGAAUAAAGAAUUAGUGUUUACUGAUGAGGAAGAAGCUAUUAAAGCAAACCUUGUGGAAAAUGAAUCAUUACCAUCAGAAAUAUUGGAUCUCUAUCUUUCCGAUUGGUGGCUUAAAGAACCAAUACGCUCCACAGGCUUUAUUCUAGAUGGAUUCCCACGAACCCUAGAAGAGGCACAAUUUAUGGGUGAGCGUGGAUUUUGUCCAGAUGCUGUUGUUGCUCUCUUAGUUGAAGAACAAGAAAUUAUAGAUCGCCUAAUUUCUGGAGCUAUUGCAAAGUGGAAAGAAAAACAAGAAAAAAAGGCUGCAAGAAAUGCAUUUAUUAAAGAAAUAAAGGCAAAAAUUAGGGAGGACCAGAUUGCUAAAAGAAGGGCUGAACUGAUAGCAGAGAGAGAAAAAAGAAGAAAAGGAGAGUCAAGCAGGUAUGAAGAUGAGCUAAGUGAAGAAGAGGCUGAAGAAGAAGAAGAAGAUAAUAUUGAUGCUAUUCUGGAAGAAGAAUUCCCAAAAGAUGAGGAAGAGAUAACUGAAGAAGAAGAAGAACAGGAAGAAGAAGCUGCUGACAGAUUAAAACUUGAAAUGGCAGAUAAAUUUGAACUAGACAUAAAUAACCUGCAAGUUGUACAGGAAGAAGUGGAAAAACUGUUACUUCCAUUUAUUUCUAUUCUGGGAGGACAGAAGCUUCAUAUUGUACGUUAUCUGUUGCAUAAGAAACUGCUGCCUCUGGUGGAAAAUCGUCAAAGUAUUUUUGAGAAAUGUUAUCCAAUACCAUUACCACUUGCUCAGAAAAUGCUUAAUCUCACUUAUAAAUUUCCAAGCUCAUUUGGUCAAUGGGACCCUGUAAAGCUAUAUGAAGGAGAUGCUAUCAAACCUUUAGUGAAUGCAGCUAAUCCAACUUUUCCUGUGAUCCAUCGACAAUAUAUUUAUUUUUUAUCCAACAAAGUAAAUAGGGAUAUAUUUAUGAAAGACCCAAUCAAAUAUAUCCGUCAGCCCAAACCAAAACCUGCUGUACCCAUUAGGAUUGCAAUUGUUGGGCCUCCAAAAUCUGGCAAAACUACAAUUGCCAGAAAAUUUGCAAAGGAAUAUGGCUUGCUGCGUUUGUCAAUAGGAGACGCCAUGCGUAUGAUUCUGAACAACUACCCAGACACAGAAUUGGCACUUAUGUUAAACUGGCAUCUUUAUAAAGGACUGACAGUACCUGAUGAGCUAGCUAUCCAAGCUUUAGAAAUUGCUUUGAUGGAUACUGUGUGCAAUACUUCAGGGGUUGUAAUUGAUGGAUAUCCCGUCACAAAGCAACAAGUGAACCUCUUGGAAUCCAGAAGUAUCAUUCCUGUGAUAAUUUUUGAGUUAGAUAUCCCUUCAAAAGAGAUAUUUAAACGAUCACUACUAGACAAUCAGAACGUUGAAAGUUUUCCUUAUCCACUACAUGACAGCUCACAGAUUUUGUCUGUCAAGAUAUCAUGUCUAAACAAACACAGAAUAAUUAUUAAGGAAUUCUAUGAGGAAGAACAUCAGAACUGGUUUGUAAUUGAUGGAUUUCACAGUAAAUGGUGGGUGUGGAAUGAAGUGCUUAAGAAUGUUCAGUUAAUGAAUAAACGGAUCCAGCUAUAUUUGGAAAGGAUAAGAGCUGGGAAAGCCGCAGGCAUUAACCAGCUAUGCAUCACUCCUCAAGAGCUGAAUUCCCGACUGGGAGAAUUUGGAGAAUAUUGUCCCGUCAGUUUGGGAGAAAAGGGUGAACUGAUUGACUGCUCUAUAACCAAUUCCCUAGAAUUUUCAGCUGAAUUCAGAGGACACUAUUAUAAAAUGGCUUCUAAAGUAGAACUGGAUAAAUUCCUGGAAAAUCCAGAAUUAUAUGUGCCUCCAUUAGCACCGAAUCCUCUCCCACCUCCAGAGCUAUUACCCAAAAAGCUAACAGUGCUAGAAGUAAAAAACAGAUUCCCUAAAAGUGCAGAACUUCAGGGAUAUUGUCCAAUCACUUAUCUGGAUGGAAAACAAAGAUAUGAAGCCCUAAUUCCUGGAAAGAUUGAAUAUGCUGUGGAAUAUCGUGAUUGUAUAUACUUUUGUGAGAAUGAAGAUAAACUGCAGAAAUUUUUGAGGUUACCAGAGAAAUACUGGAAUCAGAAACUUCCAAACAAACUCCCUCCAAUUAAGCAUCCAAUAUCACUCACCAGCCUUCCUUUGCCUGGAUACUUGGAACAGGGUGCAGCAGCUGCUAUAAUUAAAGCCAUGAAUGAAGUAGGCUGCUUAAAGCCCAAAUUUCCCUUCCAAAGUGUAAAGAGAUCUGCUUUACUCUAUGUAGCAUUUCAUCUAAAAGCAUUUAAUCCCAAAGGUUCGGAAUAUUCAAGAAAAAAAUAUAAGAAGAAGCUGGAGCAGUUUAUAGAAAGAUGUGAACUCAUCCCUUACUUAGGUUCCAAGAUGACCAAAAAAUACAAGGAACCGCAAUUUAGAGCAAUUGACUUUGACCACAAAUUACAGACCUUUUUCUCUCUUAAAAAUGUGAAUCCAAUCACUGGUUAAUUGUUUUGACUAUUCACAAUGAUGCAUAUUUGAUUGUUCAAAGUGAUAUAUAGGAGGAUUAGAUUAUCCUCCUAGAGGAAAAUCCCCAUAAUCUAGGAAAGAAAAAGGUAAAAUCUACCAUGCUCACCAUUCUGUCUUUUUCAAAUUACCUUCCUGGACAAGAUGAUAGUGUUAAAACAUGGUACCUGUUGUCCAUCAGAAAGGAAUAGGAUAGGAUUUCAUAUUAACCGAAUUAUCUGUUUUGGUGUCUUAAUAAAAGAAUAGUCAUAUAAUAAUAUAAUUUGUCAAAACAUGCUUUAGAAAGCAAUUUUAAAAACAACCAUGCUUCUUUGAUUUGUGAGUUUUUGUCCUUUAAAAUAGGUUAACAGAUCAUUAGAGAAAAUACUCAUUGAAUAUAUUGAACAGCUACAAGAAAAAAUAAUAUAGAUAAGUAAAAAUGUCAGAUUUAUUCUCAAUCUGUGUGAUUAUUUUGUAAGCAGAAUGAACAUGUUACUUUAAAACUUUCUAUACCUACACAUGAAUAAAUAUGGAGUAGUUUUGA